AGUAUAUCAUUUUAAAUAAAAGUUUUUUUUCAGAUAAAAUGAUCAUCAUAUUUCUUUUCAAUAUUCUCUAAAUUUUCAAGAUACUAUAAAAUUGGGAUUGUUUUGUAUAUAUGUUUGUAUCCCAUGUCUUCUCUUCGUCACAUAGCAACUGAACCAGCUAAUUUAAGUCAAAAAUUAGCUGGUAAUGCUUGCAAUCCUGAUGAUGCUGUUAAUCAUGACAGAACAUCUAGUCAUUCGGAUUCUGAUAUUAGCAAUAGUACAGCAAGUGUAUCCCAAGCAUCUCUUCAGUCAGAACCUCCACCUCAGAUGAAAUCAUCAUUGACAUUAAAUUUACCAUUAAUAAGUGGAUUGAAUGUUGAGGAAAUUGAAGAAGAAAAAUUAGAAACAAAAAAAGUUGCACCAAGUAAAAGGCGACAAAUGAGAAGAGGUAGUGAAUGGGAAAUAUUAGAAGGUCUUAAAGAUGGCCAAAGAUUUGAGGAAAAGCCUGAAAAAUUUGAAGGUUACAUGAUGAAAAGAAGGAAAUGGCCAUUGAAAGGUUGGCAUAAAGUAAGUAUACAGUUAUAUAAUUAAUUAAUAAAGAGUUAUUUCAAAAAUACAAA